AUGUCCGGAUUCGUAGAGAAUACAGUGUUAGGGUUUGGUAAAGAUUAUCUUCAAGAACAAGCGCAAGAAUAUGCCGCUGGUCAUUUCCAACCGGUUCGUGAUCCCUAUUAUACCAAAGACGGUGAUAAAGAGGUAAAAUUACGAUUACCAGAGUCGUUAUUCAGUAAGAAGGAUCGUAAGCAUUGGAAGCAGUUGCAGAAUAAGGCGUGGAUGCAUGAUAAGAGUAUGUGUGGAUGUUGUUGUUGGACGGAGACUAUUGGAUGGGCACCGUUAUUAUCGAUAUUACCCGUUAUUGGGCCUGUGUUGAUGUAUUGGGUUCAUAAUAAGUUGAUUGAAUCCGCGGAUGAUAAGUUUCAUUUAUCUAAUGAUUUGAAGUUGAAGAUGCAUGGUAAUAUUAUAUUGGAUCUUUGUAUUAGUUUGGUACCUAUAUUGGGGGUAGUAUUUGCGUGGUUACAUGCAUGUUCCACUAGGAAUUGUGCUAUGAUUUAUAAUUUUGUUGUAGAGAGAGAAAUCAAGAGGCAAGCAGAUGAGAAGCGUGUGCAGCAGGAGAGACAGCAACGAUCACAACCAAGAAGUUUCCAAACUAAUGGAACACAUUUUGAAAGAGCCGCUAUGCCGACGCCACCACCCACGGCAUACCAAUCCAAGCAAAGAAGAAACAGAUAG